AUGAUAGAACAACUCUUACGGCUGGCAGAUAUCAACUUUAAACUGCAGUUGCGCAUGACGCCGCAGACCACAGUGAAAUCCAUUGUAGAGCGAGUAUUGGCUCGAUGGCGCUCCCAUGUGGGGGAUGAGCACAGAAUUGUCACCCAGGGUUUGUGCUUGCACCUCCCCCCUACUGUGGACGAUGGGCAGUCCCUCCCAGCUGAGUGGAGCAUCCAUGACGUUGUACAGGCGUACCCUCGUUGUGUGGAUGGGGGGGUUACGUGGCUGGUGUUUGAUGGUGAAGAUGAUCGAGGCCCCCCAGAGGUGCCUGCUCCAAAACCCUCGUCACCGAUCGACACUACUGAGAGCUGCAUAAGAGGAAUUAUGGAGUCGACUUGUGAUUCUGCCGUCAUUGCAGCGGCACAGGCGGUAGAGAAUAUACCGGAUUUUGGAGGGAUUCCUGGUGUGGUUGGUUCGGUCGCUAGCGGCUCGACUGUGGCUGACUUCUCACCCAAGAGGAGGCAGCAGCGUCGGCCUGUGAAACGGGGAGCUCCUGAUGAUGGCGACUUCACAGCGGACUUGGUUGACGCGUCAAAGGAGUCAACACGGAGGGAGCAACAGAGUGGGAGGAAGAGAGCUCGGGUGGAGGUUGAGGAGGGUCGGCUAGGGCGGGAUGAGGAUGAAGUUGACUGCACUAUGGCGACUGCGUUACGGAUGUCACACACGACUCACAUGGCCUUGUUGGCCUUCCAAGAGAAGCAACAGGUCCUAGUCGCAGGCUCCACAGGCUACUACAAUUACCGUCAUCAGGCUGAUAUCUGCCACGCUCAUACGAUAUUGAGGAAACAUGGAAUACCCGAACGGAACAUCAUCCUCUUCUCAACGGAUGAUGUUGCUAAUUCGCCAGAGAACCCUCUCCCAGGAACACUCUUCAACCACCCCGAUAGUCGAGGCAAGGGCCACAAUGUCUACAAGGACUGUCUGGUGGACUAUCGUGGGGAUGACGUCACCGUGGAUAAUUUCGAAGCGGUCUUGACUGGGAACGCGUCGGGCGUUCCCAGGGGUCUCCCAGUUCUCAACAGUUCCGAGGAGGACUUUGUCUUCAUAAACUUCGUGGACCACGGCGAAAGCGGGGCUGUCAGCUUCCCCAACGAGAACCUUAAGCGAGAGAAGUUCCACCGAAUAUUGAAGCAUAUGAAGGAACAGAAGAUGUUCAAAAACAUGGUCAUCUACAUUGAAGCUUGUGAGAGUGGAAGUAUGUUCGAUGACGAUGAUGAUAUUCCAUCUGGAAUUUUCAUCGUAACAGCGGCCAACGCUACUGAGUCCAGCUGGGGGACCUACUGCCCUAGUGGGGUGGAUCCUGAUGUGGGAACAUGUCUGGGGGACCUGUUCUCGGUUAACUGGAUGGAGGAUUCAGAGCUUCCUCAAGUGGAAGGGGAAACUGUGGGAGAUCAAGUCGAUAAGAUAACGAGAUUGACAACACGGAGUCACGUCCAGAAGUAUGGUGAUCCGGAGGUGACCAAACGCCGCGUUACAGACUUCCAGGGCGCGACAGACGAUCAAGGCUGGCUUGACCUUCCUGUGAAAGUCGAUGUUGAAGAUUCAUUGGUGCUCUUGAAUAAACCUACCCCCGAGGCUAUUGCGACAGCGGCUGGUGUGUUGUCGGAGUUCCUGGGGCGACCUGUUGGUGUGUCUGCUCCCACAGCGACCUCGACAGAAGACGACGACGACGCACAGCUUCUAGCCCGGCGAGAGCGGCUCGCCCGUCAUAAAGCGACCAGCAGCGUGCCGGCCAGGAUAAUAGAAAUCAACAACGCGUUCGUGAAGGUGUAUCGAGAGUCCCAACAUACGGGAAAUUACGUAGCUGAAUUGAAGGCGGUGAACGACUUGAUCGCGGCAGCACAAGCUCGGGCUGAGCAGUUGAGGAAGCGCAUGGCACCUCUUAGAAGUGCUCAGAAGGAGGAUGAGGUCGUCAUUGAACAUCCCCUGGGAAUCCUCAAGACAAUGAUAGAUGACCAUUUCCAUUGCAAAUUCCCUGAGGCAUUCAUCUUCGAGUCGGCCUUUCCACCGGUGAUUCGAUCGGAGGUGGCUUUCGAUGAGCUCCUCAUUCCUCAAGACCAUCCCUCCCGAUCAAGAAGUGAUACGUUUUACAUCAGUGGUGAGGUAGAUGGUUUCACUUGA